AUGGUAGCAGAAUUGUGUACGGAGAUGAAGUUAAAUGACAAAGAUGACGAUGAUAAGUAUGACGAGGUUUUGGAAAAAGAAAUGGAAAAAGUUGAAAGACAGGUGGCAAUGAUGAUGAUUGAUGAUUUUGGUGGUGGUGGUGCUGCUGAUGAUGAUGAUGGUGGUGGUGGUGUAUGUUGUGAGGAAAGUGGGCGUAUUGACGUGUAUAUGUUGCGGGUUGGUUGGGUGCUGAUCGAGGGAUCGAAUCCAAGUGGAAUGACGAUAUUGCUGAUUGCUGCAUCGAUGUUAUUAAUGCUAAAUUUGUUAAGCAGUCCAUCAUGGUAUGGUAUAAGUGCUUGGCGUCUUCAUGCGAAUCAUAGUUGCCAUGGUUGUGCUGAAGCUCGUGAUGAAUUAGCAAAAAUGCGUUUGGAACAAAUUAAACGUGAAAUUUUGGAAAAACUUGGAUUAGAUGAACCUCCACAAGUACGACCACAAUAUAGUUUUCCAGUUAUACCUCAAGUUGCUAAAUAUUUAAAACAUUAUCAUUAUCAUCAACAUCACCAGCAACAUCAGCAGCAGCAACAUCAUCACAAUCAGCAUCAACAAGAACAGUUAUCACGACAUGAUUCCACUGUAAUAUCGUCAAUGUAUACAACUUCAUUUCUGGCUGAUGAAUUGAUGGUACCAGAACGUAAAACAGAGCGUACAAUAGUGCUUGCUGAGCGUACACCUUCACGACUUGUAAGUGUGGAUUUGAUACUAGCGCAUUUCAAAUUCUCACAUGAACUCAUGUCAAAACCAUUACUUUCCGCUGUACUUAACGUUUACCUACGCAAACCAACAAAACUUAACGUAGAUUCACGUAUUGCUGCGGUACAAAUACUUGUCAAAGAAGUGCUCGCUAAUGCUACGAUGGAAGGAGUAUUGAACACAUAG